AUGGGCAUCGUAUCCAGAUUUUUGGAACGGGAUUCUUGCUACCGAAUUUCUGACAAAUACCUCCUGGCAGCAGCAUUCGUCUAUUUCAAGAGAGCCGGCUAUCCACUCGAAAAAUACACCCCGAGAAAUUUCUUUGUAUCGCUCUACUUGGCCAACGACAUGGAAGAGGAUGAGGAAGACCUAAAAUACGAGAUCAUUCCGUGGGCCAUUGGUAACGACCGGCCAAACCGAAUACAGGAAUUCCUCAAAGAGCGUGACCAUCUUUUCCAAGAGAUCGGACAACGUGGAGUGGUCAGUCGGAUUUGCUGUGAAGAAGUUAUGGCCAUCAUACCCAACAGUAAAUUCUGGUUAAGGAACCGGCUUCUACACCAUGCAGGAGGGGUGAGGAAUUCGACAAUCUUUAUCAACCCCACUUUAGAGGAAUCCCAAUUGAAUAACCCUAGCAACAAUGACACUGGAGUUUAUUUCAAUUAUUGUGGAAUUGUGGAACCUGUUCAACAGUUCCUUCUGGCGCCUGACAUUGCUCCAGUUCCUUGUUUUCUGUGUCAUCCAGAGUUGGCCCCGACCCCGCCGAAAAACUGCCCGCUUUUGUCGUUGGUUCUGCGUCAGAAUCCUUCGAUUCAGGGCCAGACCCAGCAGAGGGAUCUUCAGAAUACCAAAGUCGUCAGAUGUUUUACUUCUAAGUCUUCUGAUUUCUCACCGACGUCUUCAUCUGAUGAUGAUGAUGAUGAUGAUGAUGAUGAUGAUGAUGAGUUAUCCUUUUCUUCAGACACAUCUGUCUUGGAUUAUAUGUUCAUAUCUGUGUAUGUAUGUAUCUAUCUAUGUUCAUGUCUAUCUCACAGUGUGUUCAUGUCUAUCUGUCUCAGUCUGUUCAUUAUCUAUCUAUCUAUGUAUCUCUAUCUAUCUAUCUAUCUAUCUAUCUAUCUAUCUAUCUAUCUAUCUAUCUAUCUAUCUAUUCAUCUGACUUUCUGUUUAUCUCAGCCUAAUAUAAAUAUACCUUGGACUGUUCAUAACAAUCCUUUCCGAUUAUGA